AUGCAGGCACACGAUCAAAACCUCGCAGAACAACUGCGGGAUCUGAAACAGCAACUCGAGCAACUGCAGUCACAUGGCCAACCAGCUGGAUUCUCAUCGCAAUGCGUGCAACUUCGCAUUCCGAAAUUCAACAAAACAAAUCCUCAGCUUUGGUUUUCUCAGUUGGAUCGCCUAUUUCAUCUGCAAAAUGUCACGGACGAUAACAAAUUCGACAUUAUAUCUGUGAAUUUGGAGGAGGAUGUAAUUGCCAAACCACCGCUUACAAACAACUAUGCCACUUUAAAGCAACGCGUGCUUGACAAAUUCGCAGAAUCAUCAGACUCAAAGCUGAAAAGGCUUUUGCGUGGCCGCGAAACUGUUGGCAAGAAACCGUCAGACAUCCUUGACCACAUGCGGCGUUUAGCACCAACCACGGGCUGCGAAGCAGUUAUUCGAUCGUUGUUUUUGGCGGAGCUUCCAAACUCGAUCAGACCGUUCAUUUCGGUAUGGGACGAGAACAACCUUGACAAAUUGGAGGAGAUUGCAGAUAAAAUGCUUGAAGCUAGCGGGCCAGGUUCUGCAUUUGUUGAGUCAACGGCACUAACAGAACAGCAGCACCAAGUUGAUGCUCUGAGCGGCAAGCAAACCGGCAUGUCAGAAGUAACAUCGGCAUUACGAGCGCUCACUACAAAAGUCGACAAGCUUCAGGAACAGUUACGCCAAUCAAAACAUGCGUAA